GCCAUGGAGGGCGAGACGAACGGGACCCUGCACCCGUCCUGCGGCUCCAGCGAGUCGCCCUACUCGGAGGAGCUUCUCCGGAGCCUUGACCUACCAGGGAGAUUUCUCUUUGCAACCUUGACUCUGAUGACACUCAUUGCCAUUCUGGUGUUUAUAGAGGAAGCAGUCUACAUCUACAGGAAAAUCCCCUCCUCCAAAAGAUCAAUCAUAAUUUGGAUUAAUGCUGCAGCUCCAGUGAUCUCUACUACUUCUUGCAUUGGCAUGUGGGUUCCUCGCUCAACAAUGUUUACAGAUUUCACAGCAGGAAUAUUUUUUUCCAUAGUUAUCCACAAGUUCCUGAUGAUGAUGAUUAAAGAGUGUGGAGGGCAGAAGGUGCUCCUCAGACGGUUUGAAAAUGGUCACUUCACCAUCACCACCGGCCCCUGCUGCUGCUGCUGCCUCUGCCUCCCUCGUGUGCCCAUCACCAGGCAAACCCUCUUUUGGCUGAAGCUGGGCACCUUUCAGUUUGCUGUCUUGCGGCCUGUGCUCGUAUUUUUAUCAAUAGUGCUUUGGACUAAUGGCAAUUACGUUCUUUACAAUUUGUCUCCCAAAGGACCUGCGCUGUGGAUCAGCUGCUUCAUUGGUGCCCUCACCCUUUUUGCUCUGUGGGCAGUAGGAAUCAUGUUUCGAAAAGUUAGGAUUCUCCUUAAGUGUAAGAACAUUAUCCCAAAAUUUGCUCUUUAUCAGUUUAUCGUCAUUCUGAACCACCUGCAGACCACUAUUAUCAACAUAUUUGCUACACAAAAAAUCAUUCCCUGUGCUCCACCACUCUCCUCUACAGCAAGAGGAUCAUACAUUGCCCAGCAGCUGCUCAUCAUGGAAAUGUUUCUGAUAACUGUAAUCUCCAGGGUGGUCUAUCGGAGAAAAUACCACGACCUGGAGCCUCCGGAGUGCGCGGCUGAAGAACCUGGGGACAAGAAGCAGGCUCCUAAGGUUAUCCUGAAUGGUGCAGCUCUUGAAGAUGCAGUGCCAAAGGUUUAG